AUGAAAAACCUCCCGCGACUCAUGGUAAAUGACUCUCAAACACCUUCGUUUUCUUAUCCAUGCUAUUCAGGAGCGGUGAAGACAACGCGACUAGUUCGCGGAAUAUCUUGGUUCUUUGAGAAAUGGUCUCAUUUCGUAGCAAACCAUGCCGUUGCACUUAUCGUCAUUUGUGUGGUUCUCACCUUGAUUGGAACAUUCAAGGUGGCCACGACCCCGAAUGAUAAUGACAUCACUGGAUACACACCUUAUGGGGCAAGAGCCAGAGAUGAAUUCGAUGUUAUGACCGACUUCUUUGCUCACAAUGGAAAUGGAAUUGCAAUGUUUGUUCUGAUCCUUCCAACACGUCACCAAAGUGUUCUUCAUCCAGAUGUUCUUCGAGAAGCUCUUCGGCUUGAAAACAUUCUGUCAUCUAACUUCACAAUGUUAUCUGCUGAAGGAAAACACGAAAACUAUCAGGAGUUCUGCACGAAUUUCUGUCAGAUCAAUGAGCCAUUUGUGCAAUUCGCUAGAAGCUACUUGACUGAGCUGGAUAAUUCAAGGAAUGGAACUGAUUUAUCGGACAGAAUAUCUCUCAAUUAUCCGAUUACCAGUAUUUAUUCAAGAAAAAUGAGCAUUCAGCCAAACUUUUUUGGAAUUCAAAUGGAGAAUGAUACUAGUAGAAGCAUUACUAAUAUCCGAUCUUCAAAACUGAUUGCUCUACAAUUAAGAUCUGAAAGAAAAGAAGGAUGGAGUGGACAAGCUAUCAAAGAUUUUGAAAUGUCCAUCACUAAUUAUUUCGAAAAACAGUUCACAUCUACAGAAAUUCGGGUUUUGACUCUCUCCACGUCAUACGUUGAAGCUGAAGUUGUCCGUGCUGGAAUGUCUCUUCUACCGUUUUUGGUUGUUGGAUUUGUUAUUAUGGCAAUUGUUUCAUCAGUAACUACUUUCUUUUCUGCUCUCUACAUGCAACAAGUCUCUAUUCACAAGGUAUCAGAACAAACAAAAAUAUUUUUGCGAUUACUGUAUCUGAUACUAAUGUCAAAAACCUUAAUUAAACGACGUUUUCAGUUCUCUCUAGCAAUUGCUGCAUGCAUUUGUCCAUUCAUGGCUUGUGGUACGGCUCUCGGAGCACUUUUCUUCUGCGGGGUCCGAUUCGGAUCCAUUCUCUGUGUAACUCCCUUCCUUGUUCUUGCUAUUGGAGUUGAUGAUGCCUAUCUGAUGAUACAUUCAUGGCAAAGAGUAACAGCUGAAAGAAGAAAGCAUCCCGUGGAGAAUGAUUCCCCGGGAAGUCGUCUAUCAGAAGUCCUUGUUGAUACAGGACCAGCUAUUCUUAUCUCUGCUCUUACCAACAUCUUUGCCGAUGUCGCAGGUUGUUUCACCUCAAGUCCUGAAAUUUCUCUUCUGGGAUACGGUAACAUGGCUUGUAUCUUCUGUGAUUUUCUUUACCAAAUCACUUUCUAUUCUGCCAUUAUGACCAUCACUGGUUACUUUGAAAUGAAAGAAGAAGGACAGAAACGACACAUCAAGAAAAUCGCAUGUGGUGCUGAUGACGACGAUUCUAGUUGUACGAGCUCAUCUGUGGAGAGUUUCGAUGCCGUUGUCAAGAGACGAGUGGCCAGUUUUUUGGAAUUCUACAUUUCCCUGCUCACGAAUGCAUUAUUCCAACUGUUCGUCAUCUUCAUCUGGGUCAUUUUCUUGAUUAUUUCCAUAUACGGAAUCACAAUAAUGAAUAUCAAUUUGAGUCCGAGAAAGCUGUUUAUGGAAGAUUCGAGUCUCCGAGAAAUGGACGAUCUCAGAGUUCAAUAUGUUGUUCCUCACUACUACUUGGCCAAUGUUUUUGUGAGAAAACCAGGAGAUUUGACAGAUGGAAAACGAUUAGAGAAAUUGAAUCAGUUUGUAGAAGAAAUGGAGCAUUUGAAUGGAAGUUGGGGUGCUUUAGGAACAAACUAUUUCAUUAGAGAUUUUGUUGAAUUCCAAAAAGCAAUGUCAGAAGAAGAGGAAUCGGAAAAUGAAGAAAAAGGAAUAUCAGUUGCCAAAAAAGGAGGUAUUGAUAUCAACAAUCUAUCAAUGUUCCUAGAAUGGCCUGAGUACCUUUUCUGGAAAGGGUUUGUACAAUACCACACGGAAAGUAAUCAAACAGUCCUUGAUCGAUUCUUCAUGACUUUUGCAAUCCAUGGGGAUAAUUUACAAUCUUGGCCAGCAAGAGGAGAUGCGUUGAGAGAAUGGAGAAAAGUUGUUGAUAAAUAUAGCAAUGAAUUUGGUCUCUCAGUGUUUUCUGAUGAUGGAAUCUACGUUGAUCUCAUUGAAAAUAUGCCAACUGACGCCUGGCAGUCAGCAGUGGCCACACUAGCUUGUAUGGCUCUCAUUUGUUUUAUUUUCAUGUACGAUGUGCCUACUGUAAUUGUAAUUAAGAUUCAUCUGAACAUUUUCAAUUUAUUGAGUUCAGGUAUCCUUGGAAUCUUGUCUCUCACUGGAACAGAUCUUGAUCCAAUCGUCAUGUCAGCAUUGAUUAUUUCAAUUGGAUUCUCUGUGGAUAUUCCUGCCCAUAUAUCUUAUCACUACCACACAUCUUCAUCUGAAAAUGGAAUUAGAGAACGACUUCAUCAGACACUUUCAUCUGUCGGAUUUCCAGCUCUACAAGCUUCGUUCUCCACUUCGCUGUGCGUUCUUGCCCUCAAAUUUACUACUAUAUAUAUGUCAAACGCUUUCGUGAAAACCAUGAUAACAUGUAUGAUUCUCUGCGUCUUCCAUGCUCUCGUCCUUCUUCCAUCUCUGUUUGCAAUCUUCAACCGUAUCUGUUCCUUAUUCCAUGUGGCGAAGACAUCUUCAAUUGAAUCGAAAUGA